AUGGACCGGGAUCAGCACAAAGACGAUGCCCACUCCACUGUGGAGGUGGAUGGUCUUCCAAACAAGAUCGACCAGCCAACUGCACCAGAUCAAUUCGACGAGAGAUACCGCACCACCCGGAUGGAAAUCUGGGCCUAUUAUGCCUAUUACAUUGGAAAUAAUGGCUUGUCACUGUUCAACUUCGCGCCAACUGCCUUUCAAAACUUGCUCUACCAGGCAGCAGCCCCUUCCGAUGGACUACUCGACUUUAUAGGCAGACCACGCACGGUCAACAGCAUCGUGCUCCUCUCAAAUGGAAUAUCCUUCGCGAUCCAAGUCGUGGUAUUCCUGGUAAUUGGCAGUUUCGCUGAUUUCGGUUAUUGGCGACCCAACAUCUUGAUCGCGCUGUCCAUUAUUGCCUACGCCAUCGGCUUUGGCUGGUUAGGUGUCCAUACCUCGGACAAAUGGCAUGUCGCAGUCGGUCUAUAUAUGGUCGGUUUGAUCGCCUAUCAGACCACACUCACUUUCUGGACCGCUGCAUUUCCGGGAUUGGCGCGCAACUCCCUCGAAUUGAAGGAAAAGGCCGACGCAUAUGUGGCGGGGCAGAUUACUCGUGAUGAAUACGACUAUGCGGACACCAUGAUGCGCAGCAAACUGGCCAAUGUUGCUUUCUAUGUUCAGUCCGUUGCGGAAAUUUUUAUUUUGGCGAUUAUUGUGGGAAUCAUGUUCGGGUUGAAUGUCAAUGAUAGCGAGAACAAUAACAACUGGGGGCUGAGUGUGCUGAUUGCUUUCGUCUCCGGCGUGUGGUUGCUCGUCUCGAUUCCGUGGUUUGUUCUUGAGAAACGCCGUCCCGGUCAAGACCCUGGGAAACGGUCUAUUCUCAUUGCAGGCAUGUGGCAGCUGUGGCAUGCUAUGAAGCAGAUCUGGCAUUUAAAGCAGAGUCUCCUCUAUCUGAUUGGUUAUUUCUUACUUGGAGACUCUCUCAAUACCACUGUGACUGUUAUUUCAACUUUGCAGAAUAGCAUCGUUGCUUAUAAUACCCUGGAACUGACAUAUCUGCUUAUUGUUGGUAUUGCUGCACAGGCGGUUGGCAUAUACGCAUUCUGGACAAUCCAGCAGCGCUUCAAGCUCGGAACCAAAACCAUGUUCAACACCAUUGCCGUUGGAAUCAUCCUACUUGAUGGCUGGGGCAUGAUCGGUAUCUGGACCGACAAGUUCGGCUUCCACAAUGCAUGGGAAGUCUGGGUCUACCAAGCGUUUUACGGUCUUUUCAUCUGCCCCUGGUACAGCUACUCGCAAAUCAUGAUCUCAGAGGUUACACCACGCGGCCACGAGUUCCUAUUCUUUAGUCUCUUCAGCAUCAUCGGCAAGACCUCAUCUUUUAUUGGUCCCAUCGUCUCAAGUGCAAUUAUCGAUGCGAGUCCGUCGGGCAAUGUCUCGUUGCCAUUCUACUUCUUGUUUGGGUUGAGUGUUGUCAGCUUUUUGAUUCUGUUCUGGGGUGUUGAUUUAAAGAAGAGCCAGGAAGAACAGGAGAGGUUCUUGUUGGAUAAGUUGCGUCAGUUGGAUGCCAGUACGUCGUCGUCUUCUGAUAAGGGGACUUCUACAGCGGUCUGA